GGCGGCAGUGUACACGUAUAUCCAGCAACGGAAACGCGUUUCGCUGUCGGGGAGAUCGCGGGUGUGGAUGAUGCUCAGCUGCAGACAAAACCUACCGGACUUCCGCAACACUGGACUGGGCCCAGCGCGCGUUGGUAGGGACGCGCUCCCACCGUUGCCAGGCCUUGUGGCUGCGUGCGGAGUCUCGCGAGGAUCUUCGAUACUUCUCGCGAGACCGCCCAGCGGUUGCUGGGAGACAGCGCAGCCUCUGCGGAGUGUGAGCUUUUGUCGGCGGGUCGCGGCGGUCGCUGCGGGUCGGGUCGCCGGGAGCCAUGGCACCCAAAAAGAAAGGGAAGGGCAAAGGCACCCCGGUUGUGGACGGGUUGGCUCCGGAGGACAUGACCAAGGAGCAGGUGGAGGGGCACAUCGGCCGCAUCCGUGAGGAGCUGGACCGAGAGCGGGAGGAGCGCAACUACUUCCAGCUGGAGCGGGACAAGAUCCACACCUUCUGGGAGAUCACCCGAAGGCAGCUGGAGGAGAAGAAGGCUGAGCUGCGGAACAAAGACCGGGAGAUGGAGGAGGCCGAGGAGCGGCACCAGGUGGAGAUCAAGGUCUACAAGCAGAAGGUGAAGCACCUGCUGUAUGAGCAUCAGAACAACCUGACGGAGAUGAAGGCUGAGGGCACCGUGGCCAUGAAGCUGGCCCAGAAGGAGCACCGCACGCAGGAGGGCACGUUGCGCAAGGACAUGCGGGCCCUGAAGGUGGAGCUCAAGGAGCAGGAGCUGGCCAACGAGGUGGUGGUGAAGAACCUGCGGCUGAAACACACCGAGGAGAUCACCAAGCUGCGCAGCGACUUUGAGAGGCAAGUGCGAGAAAUUGAGGCCAAGUAUGACAAGAAGAUGAAGAUGCUCAGGGAUGAGCUCGACCUGCGGAGAAAGACGGAGACCCACGAAGUGGAGGAGAGGAAGAACGGGCAGAUCAGCGCGCUGAUGCAGCGGCACGAGGAGGCGUUCACGGACAUGAAGAACUACUACAACGACAUCACCCUCAACAACCUGGCCCUCAUCAACUCCCUCAAGGAGCAGAUGGAAGACAUGCGGAAGAAGGAGGAGCACCUCGAGAAGGAGAUGCUGGAGGUGUCUGCGCAGAACCGGCGCCUGGCGGAACCGCUGCAGAAGGCUCGGGAGGAGAUGAGUGAGAUGCAGAAGAAACUGGGCGACCACGAAAGGGACAAGCAGAUCCUGGUUUGCACAAAGGCACGUUUGAAAGUUUCAGAGAAAGAGCUCAAGAGCCUGCAGUGGGAGCACGAGGUGCUGGAGCAGCGGUUUAUCCAGGUGCAGCGGGAGCGGGAUGAGCUCUACAGCAAGUUCACGGCGGCCAUCCUGGAGGUGCAGCAGAAGACGGGCUUCAAGAACCUGCUCCUGGAGCGCAAGCUGCAGGCCCUCAGUGCUGCCAUGGAGAAGAAGGAGCUGCAGCUCAAUGAGGUGCUGACAGCCUCCAACCUGGAUCCUGCCACCCUGACCCUGUUGUCCCACAAGCUGGAGGACGUUCUGGAAUCGAAGAACAGCACCAUCAAGGACCUCCAGUACGAGCUGGCCCGGGUCUGCAAGGCCCACAGCGACCUGCUGCGCACCUACGAGGCGAAGCUCCUGGCCUUCGGGAUCCCUCUGGACAACGUGGGCUUCAAGCCCCUGGAGACGGCCGUGGUUGGGCAGACCCUGGGCCAGGGCCCGGCGGGACUUGUGAGCACCCCAACAUAGCCCCCACCCAGGACUUCUCCCUGCAUGACACCCCCUUUUACACCCACGGACAGCAGGUGUGUUUUUUUGAUUUGUUGGGUCAGCAAAUGAAGGCUUUCAUGUUU